AUGGUUGAGCAGGGGCUCAACUCUUCUGAAGAUCAGGAUAUGAACAUCAUUAAAUAUUUGAUUGGUACAAUAGUACCAAAGGAAGUCUCCAUAAUACAAGUUGUACGUGAAGGCGCAGGUGUAUUGAGUUUGAAAGACGACGACUAUGCAUGGAUUGAAAAAUAUGCAUUAGCAAAUCUCAUUUUGAAAGACCAAGAUUUUCCAGUGCCCGAUACCGAACUGAAUUUUGACUAUGUCAAUGUUCAGUCGUACAUAAUACGAACUUAUUUGCUUUUAUGUCACAUUAAAUAUCAGGAUAUCUCCCAAAAAUAUGCAUGUUUUAUACCAAGAAAAGUUAUUAAUGCUAUUACAGCAACUGCUGACGGCAUCAUCGAAUUGGAUGAAAACUAUUCGGUUCCACUCGAAGAUGAUUGGAGGAGCCAUUUAAAUGAGCUACCAAUCGAUCAGUUGUAUCAUGGCUACGCUAUCUUAAGACAAAUUGUUUCGAUAUUGAAAAAUGAAAAAACAGAUCAAGCGUCUAAACAUCUGUAUACUUAUAUUAAAACAAUCAAUGUAAAAGAUUUAACUGCUGAGAUAUUGACUGAAUAUAAUAUACGAGAUUUUCAACUUUGUCACAUGAAUCAUGUCGGUAAAUUAUACAGAGAUUUAGCUGGACGCUUUGAACACUUGUACACAGAUACGUCUGCAUUACUUCAAAGGCCAAUGUCAAAUCAACUAAGUAAAGAACUCGAAGACAGCUUUCAAGAAAAACUGAUAAAGAAAAACUUGGCAGUCAAAGAGUUGGAGUCAAGUAUAAGCCAUAUUGAUGAACUUCUGAAUGAUUUGAAAGAUAUCGAAGACACACUUAGUGACAAAGGACAUGAGCCAUUAACUAAAACAUGUCGCGACUAUCUCAUUAAAAAUUCCCUUCUCGAUAUCAUUGGUGACAAAGUCAAAUGUGAAAAUUACGUAUAUUUGACUGUUCAUUUAAUUCAUGUUCGAUCCAAAUUGCAAGAAAAAACAAUCAAACUUGAAGAAAAAAAAACAGAACAAUGGACUGAAAGUUUCGAUGAACAAACAGAUCCAAGAAACCAACGAAUGACAAGAAAUCGUUUCCGACCUGUUCUAGAAGAUAACGAGGAAAACGAUAACCGUGGUAGACGUCGUCCUUCGAAUCCCGAGUUGGAUCUGAAUCCUGAGCUGGGUCCGAAUUCUGAGCCAGGUCCGAAUUCUGAGCCGGGUACAAAUCCUGAGCCGGGUCCCAAUCUUGAACCGGGUCCGAAUCCUGAGCCGGCACCACUCUUGUCACUUUUUAAAUUAAAUAUCGAACCCACUUCAAUAACAUCAUUGACGUUUGUAUCUCGAUACGAGGAUCAAUCAAAAAAUACAACAGCCUCUUCAGACAAAGCUAAAAAGUUUGAAGUUACAGAUCCAAUGGCUGCUUCAAAAUAUAAUAUUACAUGUAAAAUCGAAGGAUUCUAUACCAAACUGAAUGAGUAUAUUACAAAGAAGAAGUAUGAUCUGCAAACGUACGCUGUCGUUGAUGACAAGAAAAUAUUCAUCGACUUAACACAGAUGAAUGUUCGUCGACCCAAUCCAUUCCAUGUAGCAUAUGAAAUAGUCGAAAAGAGAUUAUUAAUUCCUACUGUAUUCCAAUAUGGAAGCCAACAACACAAAUAUUUUUCAUUACCAGACUGUUCUAUUCUGAAUAUUAUCGAUCGUUUUAUAGAUGACAAUGAGUUAAAACAAUUAUCACCUGAAAUUCGUUUGGUAUUUUAUGAUGAACUCUGGAAAUGCAUCGAAAAUGGGAAGGUUUCAGAACUGCCACACGCCAUUAAUCAUGAUUUGCCGUUCUCUAUUUUUGUCAGAGAAGAAAAUAUUGAAAACAGUUUAUUAUAUAUGGUCAAGCUACAAACAAAAGGUAGAAGUUGCUCAACAGAUCAGUAUUUUGAAAAAGUAUGUGAUUAUUUGAAUUUAGAUCAAGAAGAACAAAAAUGUCUAUUUCAUCCAACAGCGAAAUGGUAUCAGGUCGAUAUUUGGCGUAAAACUCGUUUGCAACAAACUGAUUCAUCUUGUGCUUAUAUAAACAGAGAAAGCAAAGUUAUAUAUGAUAAAAAUGAAUCGAUAUCCAUAUUAGAGAAAAACGCAGUAACAUUGGAUGCAAUUAGUGAAGAUCAAACCCGAACUGUCACUUUAUGUUUUGGAUCGAAUAAGAAAGUUAUUCAAAUACUUAGUUCGCUUCGAAUGCGUGACCUAUUGAGUAUCGACAUCCUUCGACAAUUCAAUUUAACUGUUUCGCCAAAAGAUUGUGUUUUCACGCUUGGUGAUAUUGAUGAACAAGAAUUAUCUGAAGAAGAUAUGAACAAGUUAGUCGAAGAAUUUUCUCAACCAGUACAAUGUCGAAUAUGGCUAAAAGCUUACAUUCAUCACAAUGAUAUUCAACAAGAUAUUGUCAUUAAAGUUAAAGACGAUACCGUUACCGUGAAUCAAAUAUUGCACAUGCAAGAAAUACCUAAUGAAACUUACAAAUAUUUAGCCUCUCGUGAUAGAAAUGUAGUUAUUGCUGAUGACCAAAAAUUUAUUGAUUUGAAAGAAACAAAAUUCAUUCUUCUCAAAGAAAGUGAAACAUGUUGUGUUUCAAUUAGUAAACUGAAGAAGGAGCAAGAAGGUGGUUAUUCUAAACGAUAUUCAAAGUUUGCAGCUGUUGCUGAUGUCUUGAAAAAUAGUGACGUUGAUGCUGAUUGUUUUCUCCGCUUCGGCGACGAUAUUGUUCCUUCAGAAGAAACUAAACUGAGAUUGUUUCCAUCACCAAUUGAGUUUCAUAUUAUCACAGAUAACUUUCCAGCACUCGUUACGGUUACCAAUUUCGAGCAAGAAAAUUGUUCGAUUCAAUUCAAAUGCUUAAAAUCAAUGACUGUGAAAAGGGUGUUUGAUAUUUCAUGUCAACUACUAAAGACUACUGCAAGUUACUAUUAUCUCGAGUAUGAAGCAGGCGACGUAGAUUAUGAUCUACCUCUGGAAGACCUCGAAUCAUCUUCAGAUAACUUCCACUUCAAAUUAGCCUCGACACUUGAUAUGACAUGCUCUAUGCGAUACAAAAGCGACAUAUUUAAAUUACCGUGUUCAAAAACAACAGCAUUCAAAGAUCUUGUCGAGGAAAUGUUUCAAAAACUUCAUAUUCCCAAAGAAGAUAUCGAUCAGUUUCAAGUAGAGCAGAUAUUAAGUGAUAAUGAGAGAUCAGACAUCGAUAUGGAUUUAACUAUUGACGAUAUUCUCGAGACUGAUUCUGACAACAAAGAGACAGUGAAUUUGCAAUUCGAACUGAAGAAGAAAGACGAAUAA